AUGUCGUUCUUUUCUCUCAUGAUCAUCAUAAUCUUUGUUGUAGGUUUAUUCUAUGGUGCUGAAGUUGAAGGAGGGAGAGGAAUACCAAUGACUAGCAACACUGAUAGUGCUAGUACUACCACUGCCAAAGAUGAUUACCAACCUCAGGGUCUCUCUCAUAGUGCCGGUGCUGGUUUUGGUGGUAGUGGUGAGGCUGGUAAGGGAUUAAGUAAGCCAUUCAGUUCACCCAUUAAUGAAUCUAGUAUGAGUCAGGCUGGGGGUUAUUACUCUGGUGUCAGUGGUGGUUCGUUUUAUGAUUUUGGUGGAAAUGCUGGCGCUGGUGGAUAUGGUGGUGCAGAUGGAAGUACUGCUGGCAUUGGUGGAGGCUAUGGCGAUGCAAGUGGAAGUAGUGGUAUUGUUGGAGGCUAUGGUGGUGUAGGUGGAAGUAAUGGCAUUGGUGGAGGCGCCUAUGGUGGUGUAGGUGGAAGUACUGGCUUUGAUGGAAGCUAUGGUGGUGCAGGUGGAAGUCCUGGCAUUGGUGGAGGCUAUGGUGUUGAAAGUGGAGGUACUGGUAGUGGAGAUGGUGGUAGUUUCGGUUUCUUCGGCGAUAUCAGUGCUGACAGAGGCUUUAACAUCGACGGUGGUGAAGGAGUCCAAUUUGGCGGCGGUUAUAACAUUGGCGGUGGUGAAGGAGUCCAAGCUGGCAGCGGCUAUAACAUCGGCAGUGGUGGUGGAAGCUAUGGGGGUGGCCAAAGUGGUGCUUUAAUUGGUGGCUCUCUUUCUGGAUCUGAAAAAGGCCCAGUUUCACCAUAA